ACUCCGGAUGCUCAGGCUCAGCCGCCAUGACUCACAGGCCCAGCCGCUCUGCGGCAUGUGGGAUCUUCCCAAACUGGGGCAUGAACCCGCGUCCCCUGCAUCGGCAGGCAGACUCUCAACCACUGCGCCACCAGGGAAGCCCAGGGCAGUUAUUCUUGGUUUUAUGGCUUCCUUACGUUGGUGACAGGAAGAUCCCAUGCAACCUGCUGUUUCCUGGGCCCGGGUUCAGUCCUCCUGUUUCCUCUUAGAGCUCUGGGGCUGCAGACAAACUGUUCAGCAUGUCCCUGAAAGCAUGGCCGACAAGAACGGGGCCCUCAAGUGUACCUUCUCGGCCCCCGGCCACAGCACCAGCCUCCUGCAGGGCCUCGCCGCCCUCCGCGCCCAGGGCCAGCUCCUGGAUGUCGUGCUCACCAUCAACCGAGAGACCUUUCACGCGCACAAGGUGGUCCUGGCCGCCUGCAGCGACUACUUCAGCCGCACCAGCCCCGCAGCGAGCAGCCCCUGGUCCCCGCCCUUUGAGCCAGCUGGGCCCCAGCACCGCACACCUCUGGGUGAGGCCAGGCAGGGCUCCUCGUAGCGGGGCAGAGUGGGGAGUUGCUGCUUGUAAGAAGACGCAUGGCUAGGGGUGGAUUAAAAAUCUUUCUUUUCCUUUUUGCCUGUCUUUAAUGAGCAUCCGGGCUGCUUUCGCCUGGCUGGCCGUGCCCUGCUCGCAGUGUUCUGGGGCCAGGCCAUGCUUGGGCAGCCACAGUGCCCCUUGGCUGCCC